AUGACCUUUUCACCUUUGACCUUUAGGCCAUCCACUCGAGGAUUUCCGUGUUGCCAAAUCAUGGCGUUCAUCGCUUCGAUUCUUGGUCUCUUUCCUUUUUAUGCCCACGUUUUUCUUGUUUUCUGUGUGGCAUUCUUGCUGGCACAUCUGUUUAUCAAUCGUUCGCGGGAUUUCCCGCCCUCCCCUGGGGGCGGUUUGCCUUUGAUCGGGCACCUGCUGUCCCUGGGGACGAAGCCGCACCUGAAGCUGACGGAGUGGAGGGGUGGGUACGGGGACGUGUUCAGUAUCAGGAUGGGGAUGGAGAGGGUUGUGGUUCUGAACGGGUACAGAGUCAUCAGGGAGGCACUGGUAGACUGCCGGGACGUGUUUUCUAGCCGGCCUGAUCUGUACCUACCGAACGCCAUAUCUGGAUGUGGAAAAGAUAUCGUGAUAGCGAAGUGGGGACAGCCUUACAGGGAGAGACGGCGGUUCGCCAGCAGCGUGCUGAAGACACUGGGUAUGAAGGAGGGGACCGGGAGUGCGGAGGACAUCAUCAGGCAAGAGGCCAGAAAACUGUGCAGUAAGAUUUCUGCGAAAGCCUCUCAACCCUUCGACGUUCUCGGUGAUCUAAACAACGCGGUUUCUAAUGUCAUCUGCGCGCUCGUGUUCGGACAACAGUUCGGCUACGAUGACGAGACUUUCCGAGCCCUACGGGAGGGCGUGGUGCAGGGUGCGGCUAGGGUCAGCACAGCACAGGCAUUCAACGUUUUUCCGUUCCUCCGGUUUGUGCCUGGAUUGAACAAAGCUUGCAAGGAGGUACUAGCCGACAUCAGAAAGGUCGAAGACUUCAUCUGGGUGCAGAUAGAGGAACACCGCCAGCGUCUUGAUCCAGACAACCCGCAAGACUUCUUAGACAUGUGCCUCCUGGAGGUCAGAGGUCACGGAAGGGUGGAGGGACUGACGGAGGAAAACGUGAUGUACAUUGUGUCGAACCUAUUUUUGGCAGGAACGGAAACCACGACCACGACUUUGCGCUGGGCACUGCUCUACAUGAUCCUGCACCCACAUAUACAACAACGGGUACAAGAAGAGCUGGAGAGCGUUGUUGGGAAAAGCGGGGACCCGCCUACACUAGCCCAGCGGUCCCGGCUCCCUUACACCGAGGCGGUACUGAUGGAGACCCAGAGGAUCCGCCACAUCACUCCGCUCAGCAUCCCGCACGCUACCGCUGUGGACACCGUCUUCCGGGGGUACCAUAUCCCCGCUGGGACACAGGUGGUACCAAACAUGUGGUCAGCACACAUGGAUCCGGAAUUUUGGCCGGAUCCGGAACGGUUCGAUCCCAGACGGCACCUGGACUGGGAGGGGAAUCUUGUCAAGAAUCCGGAAUCCUUCAUGCCCUUUUCUGUCGGUCGCCGAAUGUGCUUGGGUGAGCGUCUGGCCAAGAUGGAACUGUUUCUGUUCUUCACGGCCAUGUUGCAACAGUUCUCCUUCGUGUUGCCAGAGGGCGCUGCGACACCGUCCACUGACGGUGUAUUUGGCAUUACCAUGUCUCCUCAGCCGUACCAACUCUGUGCUAUUGAUAGAUCCAUAGUGCCCGGUCGGGCAGUUUGCGGGAUCGAAAAGAAUGAUGGUAAAAAUGGACAAAUCUAGUCGUAAGGAAAUAGUCAUAAGCAUGAUUUUGUGCAUUUCUGGAUUUUGCAGUGUUAUUUGUGGUUCCCACAAACAAUUCGGUCGGACGUCGGUAUGGAAAUGUAACCAUUGCACCACUAGGAUAUAUAGGACCAGGAAAAACUAAAAAAAUUCAGAAAUAUCUGAAAAAAAACAGGUAUUUUUGGACAGCAUGCCUGAAAUGUUAUAUAACGCGCUUUUGACUUUAAUAUUCAACAUUUUUAUCAUUGUUCAGAUAUUUUUGGCAUUUUACGGCAUGCAUUUGCUCAUUUUGUAGUUUUUGAAAACGUAGUUUUGUAAACGGCCUGAAAUAUAAUCGUGUCAACAUAGCCUUAGUUUCGAUUUCAAAUUCGAAAUUCUAACCGUAUUUCUACAUACUUUAUAAACUUUCAAUCUACUCUCGCCUUCGAGAUUGCUACUAUUUAUCAAUACUAUAAUGUAGGUACAACAUACGCACUUGUUAGAUAGUACCGAUUCAUUUUUAACCAUCAAUGAUGAGCUUAUUCCAAAUUCUUGCCCGUAGUUCGAGGCUAGUUGCAAGUACAUGUAACGUACUACUACUUCACUCUAAAUAUUGAGUUAAAAUUCUUUUUCUGAUACAGUAUGGCAGUGGAAGACAAGUUAGAAUCGUUUGAUAUUCAUCCAUGGGAUCACCUUGUGUCUGGAAAUAUUACACCCAGCCUCAAAAGUAGUCUGUGUAACGCAAACUCCGCUAUCCAGAGCUUGUAGACUCCUCCCCGCGGCAAUGUACGACGGGCCUGAGAAGCGCGAUUAAAUCAGGCUACCUCAAAAGUUAUUGGCUGACAAUCAGCCAAUAGGAUGUUUGCCUGACAACGUUUCGGUAGUCCGUCUGGUACCUAUUUUAUGUAGACCACUGGAAGAAUAGCUGGCAACAUAAUGUUGUAAUAGCUAAAAGUGGAUCUGAAUAAAGUCAAAGUCAAACCUGCUGCAACCUGUGUGAAAUGAUGACUGGUGCUAUCUAUUUCCCAUCGCUAGGUGGCGCUUUGAGAAUGAUGCGGUCCCAAACAUGACUGGGCUUGUAUCCCCGAAGUUCUUGCUUCUGCUUAGGAAUAGGGGUUGCUAUUUUCCCCAGGGCUAGCUAUGGUCUAGGACCAGAUGUUUUAUGUCUGUUGUUUUAUAUCAACCUUCACAGAAGGUAAUAUACUGUUUUUCUCGGUCUCUUCCUCUAAUUCUUCUGUUCCAAAGAAAUUCGGUCAAUGACCUUGACCAGACAACUGCUACCGUAUAGUUUCUAGUAAAGUAAAAAAAAAAAA